AAAACGACCACCAUUAAGAGAUGAGGUUCUCUCGUUUAGACCCCGCAACCCCAACACGUUGGUCUAAAAUUCACCAUUCUUUCUCCUUCCCUUGGGCCACCCUCUAGAUUUCCUUCUUCUGGUUUUCAUUGCAUACACUUCUCUUUCACCCCCGCAAAAAAAUAUCUAAUUCAAACAAACUCUGAACCAACACAAAAUUCUCUCUUAAUUAUUCCCCUGUAAUUCAAAAAAUUAGCUCAAUCAUGGCCACUGUUCCAUUCUUGGUUGAGUCAAACCUCAAAUGGAACCCUUUGUUUUAUACUCCAAACUCAAUACAAGAUACCCGUUUCCUCCAUUAUCAAAAGCUUACACCCUCAAGACUCUCAAAACCCUCCAAACUGACCGUCAAAUGUUUCUUCAAGAACCAUAAAAAUGGGAACUUUAAUGAUAAAAACGGGUUAGAAUUGAAAAACGAAGAAACCCCGUUUGAUAAAGUUGUUAAAACUGUAAUGAAGGCCCUCAAAGCAUUGCAGAAGCCAGCUGUAGCGGCUGUACUGGUGGGGUUGUUAUUGAUGUAUGAUCCAAAUUCAGCAUUGGGUGCUUCUGGUGGGAGAAUUGGUGGCAAAUCAUUCUCUUCUUCGCGGGGUUCUUCAUCUUCGUCGAGGGGGUAUUCUACGAGGAGAGCAGACCCUAGUUUUUCGUAUUCUGUUCCGUAUUAUGCGCCUUCUCCUUUUGGGUUUGGUGGGGGUGGUGGCGUUUAUGUUGGCCCAGCUGUUGGUUUUGGGUUUGGGUCCAGUGCCUUUCUUAUCAUGAUGGGUUUUGCUGCUUUUGUUUUGGUUUCUGGGUUUCUCUCUGAUCGGUCUGAAGGGGGCAGUGUGCUUACUGCUACUGACAAAACUAGUGUUCUCAAGCUUCAGGUUGGGUUGUUGGGCUUGGGUAGAUCACUCCAAAAGGAUCUCAACCGGAUUGCAGAAGUAGCUGAUACGUCCACAUCGGAGGGUUUAAGCUAUGUGUUGACAGAGACAACAUUAGCAUUGCUUCGACACCCUGAUUAUUGCAUCUCAGCUUAUUCAUCUGUUGAUGUCAAGAGGAGCAUGGAAGAAGGGGAGAAUCGAUUCAACCAACUUUCCAUUGAGGAGCGUGGUAAAUUUGAUGAAGAGACACUUGUGAAUGUGAACAACAUUAAAAGGAAAAGCUCUACGAGCCAGAGGGCAAAUGGAUUUAGCAAUGAAUACAUAGUGGUUACAAUCUUGGUAGCUGCUGAAGGCGUUUAUAAAUUGCCUACUAUUAAUGGAAGUGGAGAAUUGAAAGAAGCCUUGCAAAAGAUUGCGUCCAUUCCUUCCAGUAGAACACUAGCAGUUGAGAUUUUAUGGACUCCACAGAACGAAAACGACACGUUAUCAGAACGAGAACUCCUCGAGGAUUACCCUCUCCUGCGGCCUCUGUAAGAAAACUGGGAUUUCAUGCUUUUCUUUUACUUUCUAAAGAUCAUAUAGGCUGCUCUCAACCCCUUUUUGUUAUCUUCAUGUAUAUAGCUCGUAGAGCAUCGAUAAUAUUUGUGUAAGAAUGAGACCAAAUUUUCCUAAUUGUACUAGUAAAAUUGUUUAUAUAAAAUGACCAGAUUCUCCUUCAGUUA